AUGGCGAUCCGGCACGAUUCGAAAUACAAGGUCGACAUUCCACCAAUUGACCUGACGACGUUCAUAUUCUCGUCCGGAGACCAUGAGCAGCGUUCCCAGCCACAAUUCUUUGAUGCAGAUCGCCCCCAUCGCUGCUUCAGUCUAAACCAGGCGGAGCUUCUCGUCAAGAGGCUUGGUAAAGGACUACAGAACCUUGGCCUUCGACCGAACGACAAGGUGUUGCUCUAUUCAGGGAACUCGCUGUAUUUCCCUAUUCUCUACUGGGGCACAGUGGCGGCGGGGUGCGUGUUCACUGGCUGUAGUCCAAGUGCUUCUGUUGCAGAACUCAUCUACCAAUUGAAGGACUCGGAUGCGAAGUUAAUCAUUGCAAGCUCUGCCGGGAUCACUACAGCAUUGGAAGCUGCUUCGCAAGUGGGCAUCCCGAAAGGCAGAGUGUUCGAAUUCGCCGACCCUGAAGACAAAAGCACUCAAAGUGGCCUACCAUCCUGGACCGACAUCUGGGCAGCCGAAAACGAAAGCGCCACAUGGACUUGGAAACCCAUAUCCUCCGCCAAGGAAGCUCGAGAGACUACUGUUGCAAUCAACUACUCUAGUGGGACAACUGGAACACCCAAAGGCGUCGAGAUCUCACAUCAGAAUGUCAUUGCGAACUCCCUCCAGGUCAUAUUCAAACGGAACAUGGUGGCCAACACGCCAUGCGCACGGGAGCGGAAAGCACGAAUCGACCUCUCCGGUGAGCGGUGGUUGGCUCCUCUCCCUAUGUUCCACGCCUAUGGUCAAAUGUAUUACUGUGUGACGGCGGCGCGACUUGGUGUCAAGGUCUUCAUUAUGAUGAAAUACAGCAUCGAGAGAUACCUGUUGUUCCUCGACAUCUAUCGCAUCAACUUCUUGACCGGAGUUCCGACUCUGAUGGUGGCCCUGUCAAAGCACCCGAAUGCGAGGUCGUAUAACUUGAAGUCAAUCGAGUCAGUUGUCACGGGGUCUGCGCCGUUGAAUCCAGAACUAGGCAGACUGGUCGAAAAGACUCAUUUACGGCCGGGUGUGCGGGUGAAGCAAGGCUGGGGUUUGACCGAGACGACGUGCUCGGCAUCGGGGUUUGCUCAAGACGACGACGACGACGGUCGGUCGGUUGGUUGGCUCAACCCCAAUGUAUCGGCCAAGAUCGUGCCGGUCCCAGAGGAUGGCUUCGAGCAGCCUGAGGAAAUGCCAUAUACGGUGGGUGAAAUAUGGAUAUCGGGGCCGAACGUCAUGAAAGGCUACUAUAAAAAGCCCCGAGAAACCAUGGAAAUCAUUGUCCACGAAGAUGGCACCAGGUGGCUGAAGACAGGCGAUGUUGGCUAUAUCGACAAUCGGGGUUGCAUAUACAUUGUCGAUCGAUUAAAGGAACUUAUCAAGGUCAAGGGACUUCAAGUCGCUCCUGCGGAAAUCGAGCAGACGCUUUUGACCCAUCCGGGCAUUGCCGAUGCUGCAGUGGUUGGUGAAAGGAGACGAGACGGCGAGUACCCCAAAGCGUUUGUGGUCAAGGCACCGAGAUCUACAGUGACGGCAAAGGAAGUCCAAGAUUAUGUUGAGACCAAGCUUUCGAAGCACAAAUGGCUGACAGCGGGAGCCACAACGGACAGUGCCAUCAACUGGCAUUUCUUCCUGGGGUCGUUGAAGGGAGUCUUCGGCGGCGGAAAAGACAAUCGAACAGGCGAGAACCAAGAAGUUGGUGAAUACUAA